AAACACUUCACUGCUCGAACAGUGAAAGGAAGAACAAGAUCAAGAUGUUCAGAGCAUUGCAGGUCAUCGUCAGGGGGGAGAGGCGAGCUCUACCUGGAUCUGGAUUUGUCAGUCGCUUCUCCACUGCUUCAAAUUCUCAAAGGUUGGCCGGGAAGGUGGCGGUGAUCACCGGCGCGGCCAGCGGCAUCGGCAAGGCGACGGCGGCGGAGUUCGUCAGGAACGGCGCCAAGGUCAUCGUUGCCGACGUCCAGGACGACCUCGGCCACGUCGUCGCCUCGGAGCUCGGCGCGGAGGCGUCGUACGCGCGCUGCGACGUCACGGACGAGGCACAGGUCGCCGCGGCCGUCGACCUCGCGGUGACGCGGCACGGCCACCUCGACGUCAUCGUCAACAACGCCGGCGUCGUGGGCUCCCUGGCGCAGCGCCCGCUCGGCUCGCUCGACCUCGCCGACUUCGACGCCGUCAUGGCGAUCAACACGCGCGGCGUCCUCGCGGGGGUCAAGCACGCCGCGCGCGUCAUGGUGCCACGCCGCAGCGGCAGCAUCAUCUGCAUGGCCAGCGUCGCCGGCGUGCUCGGCAGCAUGACCCCGCACCCGUACAGCGUCUCCAAGUCCGCCGUGAUCGGCAUGGUGCGCGCCGUCGCCGGCGAGCUGGCGCGCUCCGGCGUGCGCGUGAACGCCAUCUCGCCCAACUACAUCCCGACGCCGCUGGUGAUGCGCAUCAUGGCGGAGUGGUACCCCGGCACGAGCGCCGACGAGCACCGGCGGAUCGUGGAGAGGGACAUCAACGAGAUGGCAGGGCUGACGCUGGAGCCGGAGGACAUCGCCAGGGCGGCGCUGUACCUCGCCUCCGACGAGGCCAAGUACGUGAACGGCCACAACCUCGUCGUCGACGGCGGCUACACCGUCGGCAAGGUGCCCAACCUGCCGGCGCCGCCGCAGUAAUCAACUCCACGCUUUG